AUGCAAAAAUAUUUGCAAUUGUGUGAAGCAGUGCACAUAACCUCGAAAGAAAUUAUGGUAUUGAAUAUCGGUUGGCAAGUAAUAGUGAGAACAAUGUCGACAUUACGUUUAGCAUUAGUGCAACUCAAAGUAAACGAAGCUAAAGUUACAAAUAUAGAGCGAGCAGUUUCGUUCAUUUCAAAUGCGAAAAAGCAGAACGCUGACGUUGUCGCCCUUCCCGAAUGCUUCAAUUCACCAUACGGAAUACAAUAUUUUCCAAAAUAUGCCGAAAAUAUUACCGACGGUGAAACAUGCCGCGCGUUAUCAAAAGCAGCUAAAGAAAACAGCAUCUAUGUGAUCGGUGGUACAAUACCCGAAAGAGAUGGCGAUAAAUUGUACAAUACUUGCACUGUUUGGGGUCCAGAUGGAGCUCUAAUAACGAAACACAGAAAGGUACACUUGUUCGACAUCGACAUUCCUAACAAAAUUACUUUCCGCGAGAGUGAUUCGCUCAGUCCUGGUAACGCCUUGUCCAUGUUCGAGGUCAAGGACUGCAAGAUAGGUAUUGGCAUUUGCUAUGACAUUAGAUUCGAGGAGAUGGCGCGCAUUUAUCGGAACAAAGGUUGCCAAAUGCUGAUAUAUCCGGCGGCAUUCAAUAUGACCACUGGGCCACUACACUGGUCGUUGCUUCAGCGUUCCAGAGCGAAUGACAAUCAAUUAUACGUUGCCUGUAUAUCGCCGGCUCGUGUCCCUUCGGCUAGUUACGUCGCAUGGGGCCAUACACAGUUAACCAAUCCGUGGGGGAAAAUCCUUCACGAUCUAGACACGGACGAGAGCAUGGUGAUCGCAGAUAUAGACAUGAACGUUGUGGAAGAAGUGAGAGCUCAGAUACCCACAUUUUCUCAGAGGCGUACCGACUUAUAUGACACUGUUUGGAAAAAAAAUGAAAAUUCGUCGUAA